CAGGCCAGGCUCAGCCCCGCCCAGUGAGCCUGUUAAGAACCCCCAAAUGCAGGGCUUUCGGUGCAGACGGCUCCUGUGCAGCAGGGUGGGAUGGGGGACGAACCGCUUAGGUUGUAGUCAUGGUGACCGCGCGAGUGGCCGCUGCCCUCGGCACGGUCUUCGCAGGCUGUAGAUGGCGUGCCCCCCGGGACACUCGGGGGUCCCGGAGACUAAGCUGCAGCACGCGGCGGCGGGCGGCGGGAGGCACCAGCCCGGGGCGCCGGCUCAGCACCGCCAGGGUACCAGCUCAGCGCCCCCAGCAGAAAGCUGAGAGCUUGGAGGACGGGGCCCCAUCGCCCACUGUGCAGGAGCCGCCACCUCGCUCGAUCCCUGUGCCGUCUGAAACUCCACAGUCCCCGGCCGGCCGCUCGUUGAUCCAGCGGGACCUCCAGGCCUUUCUGAGCCAGUGCGAGGCCAGCCCGGGGGAGGCACGCCACUGGCUCGUGAGGUUCCAGACCCAGCACCACUUCUCGGAUAAGCCAUUCGCUGUCAUAGAGGUGGAUGAGGAGGUGCUCAAGUGCUCGAAGGCCGUGUCCAGCCUAGCCUUUGCCCUGGCCUUCCUGCAGCGCAUGGACAUGAAGCCGCUAGUGGUCCUGGGGCUGCCGGCCCCCACGGCACCUUCCGGGUAUCUGUCCUUCUGGGACGCCAAGGCGCAGCUUGCCCAGAACUGCAAGGUGCUCAUGGACGCCCUGCGACACAACGCGGCCACAGCAGUGCCGUUUUUCGGUGGCGGCUCCGUGCUAGGCGCUGCCGAGCCUGCUCCCCAUGCCAGCUACGGGGGCGUCGUCUCUGUGGAGACUGACCUGCUGCAGUGGUGCCUGGAGUCCGGCAGCAUUCCCAUCUUGUGCCCCAUCGGGGAGACUGCUGCGCGCCGCUCCGUGCUUCUCGACUCGCUGGAAGUGACCGCGUCACUGGCCAAGGCCCUGCAGCCCGCCAAAAUCAUCUUCCUCAACAACACAGGUGGCCUGCGCGAUGCCAGCCAGAAGGUCCUUAGUAAUGUGAACCUGCCCGCCGACCUGGACCUGGUGACCAACAGCGAGUGGCUGAGCGGCAAAGAACGGCAGCAGAUGCGGCUCAUCGUGGACGUGCUCAGCCGCCUGCCGCACCACGCCUCUGCCGUCAUCACCGCUGCCAGCACCUUGCUGACAGAGCUUUUUAGCAACAAAGGAUCUGGGACCCUGUUCAAGAAUGCGGAACGGAUGCUGCGAGUGUGCAGCCUGGACAGCCUGGACCAGGGCCGUCUGGUGAACCUGAUCAACGCCAGCUUCGGCAAGACGCUCCGCGAGGACUACCUGGCCUCGCUCCGCCCCAGGCUGCACUCCAUUUACGUGUCUGAGGGGUACAACGCUGCCGCCAUCCUGACCAUGGAGCCGGUCCUGGGCGGCACCCCGUACCUGGACAAAUUUGUGGUGAGCUCCAGCCGCCAGGGUCAAGGCUCUGGCCAGAUGCUGUGGGAGCGCCUGCGGCGGGACCAGCAGACCCUUUUCUGGCGCUCCCGGGUCACCAACCCCAUCAACCCCUGGUACUUCACACACAGUGAUGGCAGCUUCUCCAACAAGCAGUGGAUCUUCUUCUGGUUUGGCCUGGCUGACAUCCGGGACUCCUACGAGCUGGUCAACCACGCCAAGGGGCUGCCAGACUCCUUCUGCAAGCCAGCCUCAGACCCAGGCAGCUGA